AUGUGUGCAAUGAUGUGCAAGGCAUUUUCGCAUCUGGCUUUAAGAUCCCGGCUUCUUUGGAGGAAGUUGUGCCGGAUCUUGCAUGUUUAUAUACAUGUCCUCACAGGAUGCCCUAGUAAUAUGUUCUGCCAGCUUGAAUGUCCCCAACCAUGCCCAAGCUUGCUGACAUAUCAAGACAAAAUAAGCACUGUAAAUACAUAUUUGUUGCAUGCAAAUGCACGUGCCCGUGACAGUGUGGCUCUUCCUGGCUGGGCCUGUGUUCUUGUCCACAAGCUUGGCUCAAUUAGACGGGCAGCUUCGCCGCCUCUUAGUUCUGGUGAUGCGCUAGCUCCGCUGCCAAACAACAGGAGCCAAAGGUUCCGCAGGAUGGUGAAAGAGACCUUGUGCUGGCUUUUCGGCUACAGGCGCUGUGAGAGCUGUUUUGAGCUCAGCAAUGCUGGUUGGUUUGACAACGAUGGUUGCUGGUAUUGUGAAGAGUGCCAAAUGAAUUGUGUGCUGGAUUUGUUUGCAGAUGAACCUGUGCCUGCUGAGUCGUGGCUUCAAUUCAGCCUUCGCAAGGUUCGACAGCUACCAGGCUCCGCUGCAUCUCAACUCAUUACCUGUGGAUGUGAACUGGUCAAGGCAGGAGGACACGUUGGCUUGCUCGGUGGCCAGCUUCUGUUGGUCACUUCUGGUGCAGCGCUACGGCUGGCUUGUGGAAAAGGCUCUCCACCACCAGGAAAAGCCACCGAGGAGGAUCGCCAAAAGGCCUUGGCAGACUUUGAAGAGCCUUGGGUCGUCGUGGUUGUAGGGGGCAGCUUCAUGCCUGGCGAUCCCGUCGAGGUCUGCACCAAAGGGGCGAAAGGAUGGCGUGGCAUCGUGAAGGCCAAGACCUCCGAAGGGUUCUACACCGUGGAAGAUGAGUCCCACAAGACCCACAAGGUCUCCAGUGAAAAUUUGAAAGUCGACAGCUUGACAGCGCCGGCGUUGUGA